AUGACCAAUAUCCGAAAGUCCCACCCACUACUAAAAAUUGUCAAUAACGCAUUUAUUGAUCUUCCAGCCCCUUCUAACAUCUCAUCAUGAUGAAACUUCGGCUCCCUCCUAGGAAUCUGCUUGAUUAUGCAAAUCAUGACAGGACUAUUUCUAGCAAUACAUUAUACAUCAGACACAACAACAGCCUUCUCUUCAGUCGCACACAUCUGCCGAGACGUAAAUUACGGCUGAAUUAUUCGUUAUCUACACGCCAAUGGUGCCUCCAUAUUCUUCAUCUGCUUGUAUAUCCACGUAGGUCGUGGGCUUUACUACGGCUCCUACGCCUUCCUAGAAACUUGAAAUAUUGGAAUUAUCCUAUUAUUUACAGUCAUAGCAACAGCUUUUAUGGGUUAUGUACUUCCAUGAGGACAAAUAUCAUUUUGAGGGGCAACAGUAAUUACAAAUCUACUCUCGGCAAUUCCAUAUGUUGGCACAACACUAGUCGAAUGAAUUUGAGGAGGAUUCUCCGUAGACAAAGCCACCCUUACACGAUUCUUCGCCUUCCACUUUAUCUUACCUUUUGUCAUUGCAGCUCUAGCAGGAGUACAUCUACUAUUUUUACACGAAACAGGCUCCAACAAUCCAACAGGAAUUUCUUCGGAUAUAGACAAAAUCCCAUUCCACCCCUAUUACACAAUCAAGGACAUCCUAGGUAUUCUACUCCUAAUAACAACACUACUCACACUAACCUUAUUUGCCCCAGACCUCCUAGGGGACCCAGACAACUACACCCCCGCAAAUCCCCUUAGCACACCACCACACAUUAAACCAGAAUGAUAUUUCCUGUUGCCGUACGCGAUUCUCCGAUCAAUCCCCAACAAACUAGGAGGCGUCCUAGCCCUAGCUCUCUCAAUCCUAAUCCUGGCCCUAAUCCCCAUACUACACACAUCCAAACAACGAAGCCUAAUAUUUCGACCCCUCAGCCAAUGCCUGUUUUGAGCACUAAUCGCCGACCUACUAACACUCACAUGAAUUGGAGGACAACCCGUCGAACACCCCUUCAUCAUCAUCGGACAAGUCGCCUCAAUCCUAUAUUUCCUCUUAAUCUUAGUACUAAUGCCCGUAGCAGGCAUUAUCGAAAACAAACUCCUAAAAUGAAGA